AUGUCCGCUUUAUCCCAUAUUGGACAAAAUCAGAGAGCUUACAUUGGUUCUAAUUUAGAAACAGACAAAUCCGAUGACAAAGGCGGAGUUGGAGAGACGCUAACGGACAGCAAGGCAGCUCCGGGCCAACUCCAGGAGCAGCACCCAAACUUUUUGCUGCCGACACCGACUGUUAAAGCGACGACAUCGAUGAUAGAUCAACUUCCUCAACGGGGCUCGUUGACAACAAACCUCUCGGAAGUCGUCGAACGGAAGAAAUCGAUAGCUGCUCCGAGAAACGGCGACGAGGUUGUGUCAGAAACUCCGUCGAGGAGUGUUAGCCCGAAUAUUGCCUCAGUUGCGGGUAACCAAAGUGGAGCUGGUAUACACAUUGUGUUGAAUGAAGCAUCUCCCACCGAUUCAAAUACUAAUGCCACAAAUUCGAAUCUAUCAUCCAAAAACUCUCCCAAAAGAAGAUCUAGUCCGAAGACAAAUUUGCCUUCACCUACGAAUAAGGUAAAUCGUGCUGUAACAAACACUUGUGGAAAUACAGAGAGUCCUCAGGUGUCGCCGUUGUCAUGUACAACCAAUCUUCCCACAGAAAUCCCCACCAGCACGACAAAAUAUGUGGAGUCACCUGACUUCGCCAAAUCAAAUGAUUACCAUAUUCACUCCAAAGAAAGAUCAUGGACAGAAGGUCCCGACAUGAAUUUGGACCAGAAAAAUAGAAAUUAUAAGAAUAUUGAUUCACCGGGAUUAGUGAACUCGUCAACUGAGAAGCAACAGGAACUGAGCCAAACUUCGAACGAACUGUCUACAAACAUUACAGUUCCUCUUGUUGUAUUGGAAAAGUGUCGAAAGCGUCGCGAUCCAACGCGAACGCUAGAGGACCUCAACGGGAAACUGCAGACGGAGGAGAAAAAAGAAGGGCAAAACGCAGCCACGAAACAGAUGUUGGACUCUAUCAAGAACCAAGAGAAUGGCAACGGAUCUAAUAUGACAAACAAGUCACUUCUUCCAACGGUGUUCGUGACCGAGCCAUCAAAACCAUCCACUCCUAUGAUUAAAACAUCUGCUCAAGCAGUGGAAGAAUCCACGGACGGCGACUGGACUGAAGCCGAAGACGAAGCUGACUACGAAUCUGACUACGAGUACUCGGUUUCGCAGACGUUCAGUCUGAAAGGAGCGCUGCCGAUCGGCGACCUCUAUCCUCUUUCUCGUUCGUCGUCACGUUGCUCUCCAUUCAUUUCCGACUACGACAGCGACGCCAGUAUGCCGCUGUUCAUGCUUCCUUCCAGGGAAGCUGAGUCACGAGGCCGAGUCGAUCGCCUCUUUGCUUUUCCGGCACCUUCGUUUACUUGCUCGAUUACUUACGACGGUCAGGAGAGUUGGGAUGAAGAGAGCCUUCACUCGUGUGCGGAAUACGACGAGGAGUAUUAUGGAAGACUUACUCGCUCAAGCCGUCCAGGAUCAUCCGCGCUCGGUGCAUAUCUUAGUCCAGCUGCCUUUUCAUCUGAUGAGGACUUUGAUGGUACUCAUUUUCACGAAGAGGUUGAUGUUGGUUGUACACUACGGCUAGUCGAUAAAGCAGCGAUGCGAGCCGACAACUACGAGGAGGAUUCAGAAUACUACGACGAGGAAGAGUACAGCGACGAAGAAUGUUGGGACGAGAACGGAGAAUAUCACGAAGACGAGGCCUGUGAUAACGAUGAGGAAUACGAGGACGAAGAAAAAGAGGUAUCUGAUAUGGUGGACGAAAUGCACAGUACUGAAGAGAGUCCUGAUGAAAAAAGCACAGAUUCUAGAUGUCCGCUUGCCUUUUCACAACCCGCUGAAGUCGAGGACGAUAUCAAUUUUGAAGAAAUGAACGACGAGUUCGAAGUGGACAUGACCAUUGAGCUCGCCGUACCACAACUCGUGAAAAGACCGUUGGAGUAUCCGGAAACACAUCGUGAGGUCACGUACACCAAAGACCUUCAACUUCUGAUUGAAGAUGGUGAAGCAGAAACGCUGAGCAUCGACCAACACAAAAGUGCAAAAGCUGAAUUCUUUCGAAACAGAAAUCCUAUGUAUAUUCUGCUGAAAGCGCUAACCGUUUGGAACUUCCUUCUAUCACAGGUGGAGAUGUCACGCACACCGCAAUGUGUCGUCCCAGUUGAGGAAACCGAAGUUGUUGACGAAAGCACUGCUCUUCCCGAUGAAGAAAAUCGACACGAUGUGACAGUAGUGCCGACUUACGUGCGUCCGCAAGCGGAAACAAUAAAAGAGGAGUCUGCGAGCCGUUUCUCAAAUCAGAAGGCGGCCACUGACUUCGCCCGCAAAGCUGUCAUCCAGCCACCAAAACUGCAUACGGCAGCCGUGCAACAGGUCGAAACGAAAACUGCCCCCGAGCAACAAGCACCAGUUCCUGAGACGCGGACCAAAGAAACUCCAGAACCAGAAAUGAGCGCAACUAUCGCAAAAGGGCUUAUGACUAAGAAUAAUGAAGACGGAUUUAGGCUAUAUGUGGAAACGCCCAUAAUGAAAGUCAACGAGGAAGGAUUGCAGCCAAAGAGGACGUAUUUCAUAAUGCCUUACUUUUUUUACGCAGCAGACAUCUCUUUAUGGCUUAAACAGGUGCGACGGCCAAUUAAGUUUUUGCUUCAGAACGUCGAGGAUAAAAGUGGGGUUCGGAAAUCUGCGCUCAAUAUGUCAUUGGAAGAGGCGAAACAUAAAGCGGCUGUCAAUGAGGAAGCAGCAAAACAGAAGGCUCGGCGUUUUGGUACCGUCAGCUCGUUGCUGAAUCGUUUCAAAGAACCGGCGCUCAAAGAAGAACCCAUAACGUACAAACGCUCAUGCUACCUGGAACAACAAGAAGUAGAGCGUCCGAAGAAGGAGUACAACAUCGUCAAGCCAGCUAUCAACGAUAACUUUGAUAAGCAGAUGGAGGAGAUCCGAACGCAGAUGAAAAGUGGUUCAUCGCACUUCCAAAAUAGUGUAAAGGACUUGUCAAAGGGCAUUACCUCAACCGCGGAAGAUAUAAAGAAACGAGCGGAAGAAGAGAAGAAGAAAAUAAUCAUGGACUCGGUUAGCGGAGUUUUUAGCAAAGCAGACGAGGAAAAUGCACGGUGGAAAGAGAAAAGAGAGGCGGAAACAGAAAAAGAGUUGGCGAAAAUCGAAGCUGAGAAAGAUCGUAGGAAGAAAGUUAUCGUUCCACAACCGAGGACUGAACCCGAAAAGCCAGCUGAACCAAAACGUAUAGUGCGGAAAAUUACGAAAGAUAAAUCAUCAACAGUUCAGCAGACAAAAGCCAACGACGGUCUUGUUCUGAUCACUGGUAAAGCAGCAGAAACAUCCAGUAAACCUGCUGCAGCUAGUGUUACUGAUGCUAGUACGGAACCAAAGUCAAGCCGGGCAGUGGCUCCAGUAGCAUUAAUUGACCAAGACGUUUCAAAUUCAUUUUCGGCUCCGCCAAUAAGCAUGGAGAGGCCGAAACUUCCGAAAACGGAGAAUGUCGUCAACGAGGACAAUUACGAUCUUUUUGAGGCAAUUGGAAACUUCACAAACGUGCGUAAAACGGAUAGCCCUACCCUGAAAACGGCAACAGAGAAAUCUCCGAAGAGAUAUGCGACGCGUAGGAAAACUCAGGAGAUCGUCAAUGAAUCAGCUGAGCCAAAGGUAAGAAAGCGGAAGCAAACAUACAAGAGGAGCAAGUUCAUUCGUGAUCCACAUGACAUCGACGUGUUGCUCGGAUGGGAUAAAGAGAACACCUUCGAGAAGAUGGAUCAGAUGUUUUCGAGAGCUGCAAAAGAUCUCAUCAAUGGACUUCCACCGAAGAAGCGAAAACGGGUGCCAGCCUCGAAAAUAUGGAUCAGCGAUCUCACUGAUAUCGACAAGAUCUACAGUAUUUCAGAGAUCAGGGAUAUCAUUGCUUCAGCAAAUGCAUAA